AGCCUGUGUGGUUCAUUUGAUUCAGACUCUUGGCGGUUUCUAUGCUUCUAAGGAGGAAACUUAAGCCGUUUUGUUUGUACUCCGCCCAACGGGGGGCGCUGUGGUGAAGCCCUAACCCUGUCAUCUGACUAGUCCUCAGCUGGCGCUGCUUUAGUUUUUGACAACAACGAUUCGCUCGGCAAUGUUCUCACCGUGACUGUCGGUCCCAAAAGUGCCCCAAGUUUCUGUUUGUCUGUGUUCUGUUCGAUUUUGAAGGUGUACAUCAUGGAGCCGUCUGCGCCCAAAAGUAAGCUGAAAAAACUGAGUGAAGAUAGUUUGACGAAACAGCCAGAGGAAGUGUUUGAUGUUCUUGAGAAACUCGGUGAAGGUUCCUAUGGCAGCGUGUUUAAAGCCAUUCAUAAAGAGUCUGGCCAGGUGGUGGCCAUCAAGCAGGUUCCUGUGGAGUCUGAUCUGCAGGAAAUCAUCAAGGAGAUCUCCAUCAUGCAGCAAUGUGACAGCCCGUAUGUGGUGAAGUACUACGGCAGCUACUUCAAGAACACCGACCUGUGGAUUGUGAUGGAGUACUGCGGCGCUGGCUCUGUCUCUGACAUCAUCAGACUGCGCAACAAGACGCUGACAGAAGAUGAGAUCGCGACCAUCCUGAAGUCGACGCUGAAGGGUCUCGAAUACCUUCACUUCAUGAGGAAGAUUCAUCGGGACAUCAAGGCAGGAAACAUUCUUCUAAACACGGAGGGGCACGCCAAACUGGCAGAUUUUGGAGUUGCUGGACAGCUAACGGAUACCAUGGCAAAGAGAAACACUGUGAUUGGUACUCCAUUCUGGAUGGCACCCGAGGUCAUUCAGGAGAUCGGCUACAACUGUGUAGCUGACAUCUGGUCCUUGGGCAUCACCUCCAUAGAAAUGGCAGAGGGUAAACCUCCCUAUGCUGACAUCCAUCCUAUGAGAGCAAUCUUUAUGAUCCCCACCAACCCUCCUCCAACAUUCAGAAAGCCGGAGCUCUGGUCAGACGAGUUCACAGACUUUGUCAAGAAGUGUUUGGUGAAGAACCCGGAGCAGAGAGCAACAGCUACGCAGCUCCUACAGCAUCCAUUCAUCAGCCAGGCCAAGCCAGUUACGAUCCUGAGAGACCUGAUAACUGAGGCCAUGGAGAUGAAAGCCAAAAGGCAGCAGGAGCACAGAGAGCUGGAGGAGGAAGAUGACAACUCGGAGGAGGAGACGGAGGUGGACUCUCACACAAUGGUGAAGUCGGGCUCAGAGGGCGCCGGGACCAUGCGCGCCACCAGCACUAUGAGCGAUGGGGCGCAGACUAUGAUUGAGCACGGCAGCACUAUGCUUGAGUCAGAUCUGGGCACCAUGGUCAUCAACAGUGAUGAUGAAGACGAGGAAGAAGACCAGGGAUCAAUGAGAAGGCACGCCACCCCUCAGCAGCCGAUACGUCCAGCCUUCAUGGAUUACUUUGACAAGCAAGACAACAAAGCAGCCCAGCAGCAGGAGAACUACAACCACAACCAGCCACAGGAGAAGCAAGGCUACCACAUCCAGUCCAAAAACGUCUUCCCUGACAACUGGAAGGUGCCUCAGGACGGAGACUUUGACUUUUUGAAGAACCUGGACUUCGAGGAGCUGCAGUUGCGCCUGAGUGCCUUAGAUCCCAUGAUGGAGCGGGAGAUUGAGGAGCUCAGGCAGCGCUACACCGCCAAAAGGCAGCCCAUCCUGGAUGCAAUGGACGCCAAGAAGAGACGACAACAGAACUUCUGAGUGCUCUUCCUGCCCCCACCCCCACCCCCCCACCCCCCCCCCUCCACGAUUUGCAUUCCCCAAAACCACAAUUAAUGGAAAACUUAUGUCCAGUGACUCAGGGGAACCAAGACGACCUUAUUGGAUGCCCUCUACUGUUCUGACUGCCUGCUAGCUGACCUCUGAAUGAAGUAAAGUGCUUCCUUUCCUUGGUGACGUCCAUGUGAGUCCGGGAAUCCACACCCUACGGCCAAAAAAAAAAAAAAAAGAGAACCAAGCAUUGGCCUUUACACAUCUGAAAGUCACACAGAGAAUUUCCUCUUUAAUUGGUGAAAAGCCUUUCCUUUGGCAGGAGCAGCGAGGUUGAUGGCAGCCCCCCCCCCC